AUGUGCAGCUCAGUUGGUUCCAGGCUGUGGUUCUUAACAGACCGUCGCAUCAGAGAAGAUUACCCUCAGCAGGAGAUCCUGAGAGCACUGAAGGCCAAGUGCUGUGAAGAGGAGCUAGAUUUCCGGGCCCUAGUGAUGGAUGAAGUGGUGCUGACCAUUGAAGAUGGAAAUCUUGGUCUCCGGGUGAAUGGGGAACUCAUUACUGCUUACCCACAAGUGGUGGUUGUGCGUGUACCAACACCUUGGGUCCAGAGUGACAGCGAUAUCACAGUCCUCCGCCACCUAGAAAAGAUGGGCUGCCGGCUGAUGAAUCGUCCCCAGGCCAUCCUCAACUGUGUCAAUAAGUUCUGGACGUUUCAAGAACUUGCUGGCCAUGGUGUGCCUCUUCCAGACACUUUUUCAUAUGGUGGUCAUGAGAAUUUUGCCAAAAUGAUUGAUGAGGCGGAAGUGCUGGAGUUCCCUAUGGUGGUGAAGAACACACGGGGUCACCGAGGUAAAGCUGUGUUCCUGGCACGAGACAAACACCAUUUGGCAGACCUAAGCCAUUUAAUCCGUCACGAUGCCCCUUACUUGUUUCAAAAAUAUGUUAAAGAGUCUCAUGGCAAGGAUGUCCGUGUCAUCGUAGUGGGAGGCCGUGUGGUGGGCACCAUGCUCCGCUGCUCCACAGAUGGGAGGAUGCAAAGUAACUGCUCGCUUGGUGGCGUAGGGAUGAUGUGCUCACUGAGUGAACAAGGCAAGCAAUUGGCAGUCCAGGUGUCCAACAUCCUGGGAAUGGACGUGUGCGGCAUUGACCUGCUGAUGAAGGACGACGGUUCAUUCUACGUCUGCGAGGCCAAUGCAAAUGUAGGUUUCAUUGCCUUUGACAAGGCUUGUAAUCUAGAUGUAGCUGGUAUCAUAGCGGACUAUGCCACUUCCCUCCUGACCCCCGGCCGCUUGACGCGGCGCAUGUCCUUGCUCUCUGUGGUGUCCACGGCAAGCGAGACUAGCGAGCCAGAGCUGGGCCCUCCAGCUAGUGCCGCUGUCGACAACAUGAGUGCUAGCUCCAGCUCUGUCGACAGCGACCCUGAGACCACUGAGAGAGAGUUGCUCACCAAGCUCCCGGGGGCUCUGUUCAACAUGAACCAGCUAUUAGCCAAUGAGAUCAAACUGCUGGUGGAGUGAUGCCAUAUGUUAAUAGGUGACCAACACAACUCUCUCUUGUAACUUUUUCUUUUUAAACCAACUUGCAAUGCUGUUUAUCAGAGAAGCUCAGAGGAAUGGGGAAGGGGUGGUGGUGGGGAGGGGUGUCAUUCAAGACAGAAGGAGUAAAAGGCAUGUGUGCUGUGAUUGCCACCCCUACUUUUUGCAGAACAGAAAAUUGUGUUCAUUCUUAAGCAUCAAUUUU